GUUUGUUCUGACGGAAAAGAACAAGGGAUGGUCUACUCUUUCUUCCGUUAAAAAGAAAGGCGCACUCCCCCCGCUUGGUAUAACGUCCCUUUCCAGCUCGGCUCUUCUCGGGCGUUACAAAGUAGUGGCUUUUGGUAGAGCUAUCGCUUCCUCCGUCUCUAUCUCUCUCGGAGAGCUGAGGGCGAGUCUCCUCCGCUGCGGCCUCGGUGCGGGGGUGAAUCUGGAGGCGCCGGCGGGGAAUCUGGUGGAGAAUUGGAGCAAGUCGGGCUCAAAGGAGGAGAGCUUUGAAUCCGAGACGAUGUGGUGCAUCGGCUGCUGAUUGGCUGAGGUAGGUCCGUACAAGCUCUUCUUCGCUUUGGUCUCGUGAGAAGAAGCCUGAGCUCCUAAGCAAUAGCCAUGGAGGCAGAGGGAGAACCGGGGAAAUCUUUGAAGCAUCAGGGCAGUCAGGUCUGCCAGAUCUGCGGUGAUGGUGUCGGCACGACCGUGGAUGGAGAUCUUUUUGUUGCGUGUGAUGUAUGCCGGUUUCCUGUUUGCCGGCCAUGCUAUGAGUAUGAGCGGAAGGAUGGGACUCAGUGCUGCCCCCAGUGCAAAACCAAGUACAAGAGGCACAAAGGGAGUCCUGCAAUUCGUGGGGAGGAAGGAGAUGAUGGGGAUACUGAUGAUGUUGGUAGUGACUUCAAUUACCCAUAUGGAAACCAGGAUCAGAACCAGAAGAUUGCUGACAGAAUGCUGAGCUGGCGCAUGAACUAUGGUCAGAGGGAGAAUGUUGGGCCUCCGAAGUUUGAUAGUGGGGAGAUUCCUCGGGGCCACAUCCCUUUCCUCUCUCAUAGCCAGCCGGUGUCAGGUGAAUUGUCAGGAGCAUCUCCUCCUUAUCAUGUCAUGUCUCCUGAAGUGGGUGGCGGUGGAAAGCGUGUGCAUCCAUUUCCAUAUGAUGUGAAUCAUUCAUCUAAUCCAUCAAGGGAGUUCUCUGGCAGUUUCGGAAAUGUUGCCUGGAAAGAGAGGGUUGAAGGGUGGAAGAUGAAGCAAGACAAAAAUACAGUUCCCAUGACCAAUGGCACCAGUCAUGCCCCUUCUGAAGGCAGAGGAAUCACGGAUAUUGAUGCAUCUACAGAGUAUAAUAUGGAAGAUGCCCUAUUGAAUGAUGAAACUCGCCAGCCUCUCUCUAGGAAAGUGUCUAUUCCAUCAUCUAGGAUAAAUCCAUACAGGAUGGUCAUCGUCUUGCGGCUUGUUAUAUUGUGCAUUUUCUUACAUUAUCGUAUCACAAAUCCCGUGCGCAAUGCAUAUGCUUUGUGGUUAUUGUCUGUGAUAUGUGAAAUCUGGUUUGCCAUGUCAUGGAUAUUAGAUCAGUUCCCAAAAUGGUUUCCAGUGAACCGUGAGACAUAUCUUGAUAGACUGGUUUUGAGGUUUGACCAAGAAGGUGAACCAUCUCAGCUGGCUGCUGUUGACAUUUUUGUUAGUACCGUUGACCCUAUGAAAGAGCCACCGCUUGUCACUGCCAAUACCGUUUUAUCUAUUCUAGCUGUGGAUUACCCUGUUGAUAAGGUCUCUUGCUAUGUCUCUGAUGAUGGAGCUGCCAUGCUGACAUUUGAGGCCAUGUCUGAGACCUCAGAAUUUGCAAGAAAAUGGGUUCCUUUCUGCAAGAAAUAUAGCAUCGAACCCCGAGCUCCAGAAUGGUACUUUGCUCAGAAAAUUGAUUACUUGAAAGAUAAAGUUCAUCCCUCAUUUGUUAAAGAUCGCAGAGCUAUGAAGAGGGAGUAUGAAGAGUUUAAGGUUCGCAUCAAUGGCCUUGUAGCAAAGGCACAAAAAGUUCCUCCAGAGGGAUGGAUCAUGCAAGAUGGUACACCUUGGCCUGGAAAUAAUACCAGAGAUCAUCCUGGAAUGAUACAGGUUUUCUUAGGCCAAAGUGGUGGGCUUGACAGUGAGGGCAAUGAGCUUCCUCGAUUAGUCUAUGUGUCCCGUGAGAAACGUCCUGGUUUCCAACAUCACAAGAAAGCUGGUGCAAUGAAUGCUCUAGUACGUGUCUCAGCAGUCCUUACCAAUGGACCAUUUUUGUUGAAUCUUGACUGUGACCAUUACAUAAACAACAGUAAGGCAUUGAGAGAAGCAAUGUGCUUUCUUAUGGAUCCAAACCUUGGGAAGCAUGUUUGCUAUGUACAAUUUCCACAGAGGUUUGAUGGUAUUGAUAAGAAUGAUCGUUAUGCCAACCGGAAUACUGUAUUUUUUGAUAUUAAUUUAAGAGGUCUCGAUGGCAUUCAAGGCCCUGUUUAUGUGGGUACAGGAUGCGUCUUCAAUAGAACAGCUUUAUAUGGUUAUGAACCUCCUAUUAAGAACCAACAUAAGAAAGCUGGUUUCCUUUCUUUAUGCUGUGGGGGUUCGAGGAAGAAGAAUUCAACAUCAAGAAAGAAGGGUUCGGACAAGAAGAAAUCAAGCAAACAUGUUGACAAUUCUGUACCAGUAUUUAAUCUGGAAGAUAUAGAGGAGGGACUUGAAGGUAUUGAAUUUGAUGAUGAGAAAUCACUCCUCAUGUCACAAAUGAGCUUGGAGAAAAGAUUUGGUCAAUCAAAUGUCUUUGUUGCUUCUACACUGAUGGAACAUGGUGGAGUUCCUCAGUCAGCAACUCCUGAAUCUCUGCUAAAAGAAGCUAUUCAUGUAAUUAGCUGUGGUUAUGAGGAUAAGACAGAGUGGGGAAGUGAGAUAGGAUGGAUCUAUGGUUCUGUUACAGAAGAUAUUCUUACUGGUUUCAAGAUGCAUGCUCGAGGUUGGCGCUCGAUCUACUGCAUGCCUAAGAGGCCUGCCUUCAAAGGAUCAGCUCCCAUUAACCUUUCAGAUCGUCUGAACCAAGUGCUUCGUUGGGCUCUGGGAUCUGUUGAAAUUCUUUUCAGCAGGCAUUGCCCUAUAUGGUAUGGCUACGGAGGACGAUUGAAAUUUCUGGAGAGAUUUGCAUACAUCAACACCACAAUCUACCCACUUACUUCAAUUCCUCUUCUUCUAUACUGUACGUUGCCUGCUGUCUGUCUACUCACUGGAAAGUUCAUCAUCCCUCAGAUCAGCAACUUUGCAAGUAUUUGGUUCAUCUCUCUCUUCCUUUCCAUCUUUGCCACCGGCAUACUAGAAAUGCGGUGGAGUGGUGUCGGAAUUGAUGAAUGGUGGAGGAAUGAACAGUUCUGGGUCAUUGGAGGUGUCUCCUCCCAUCUCUUUGCUGUGUUCCAAGGCCUUCUUAAAGUGCUUGCAGGUAUCGAUACCAACUUCACGGUUACCUCCAAGGCAUCGGAUGAAGAAGGUGACUUUGCUGAGCUCUACAUGUUCAAAUGGACCACACUUCUGAUACCACCAACAACUCUGCUCAUUAUUAAUCUGGUGGGUGUGGUUGCUGGGAUCUCUUACGCAAUCAACAGUGGCUACCAGUCUUGGGGUCCGCUCUUUGGGAAGCUCUUCUUUGCCUUCUGGGUUAUUGUCCAUCUCUACCCCUUCCUCAAGGGUCUCAUGGGAAAGCAGAACCGAACUCCUACAAUUGUCGUGGUCUGGUCCAUUCUUCUGGCUUCAAUCUUUUCCUUGCUCUGGGUUCGUGUUGAUCCAUUCACCACAAGAGUGACAGGCCCAGAUGUCCAGCAAUGUGGGAUCAACUGCUAGAAUAAUGAAGGUUUCGAUGAACAAGGGUGCAUGAAGAUGUAUUGUGUGCUUAUCAACUGAUAGCGAGUGUCAAGUGUUUGUAAAUAGAAAGGUUCGAAUGUUGGCUAUUCUGUAAGUUAAGAUCAUUAUGUUUAUUAGAACACUUACGUCGAUAAUGUUGCAUCACAUGGAAAAGGAACUAUUUGAACUUUUUGAGAACUGUUUGGGAAGUGCGUAUGUAGCAUCGCUGUUGCAUCCGGUGUUGGAGAAUUUUCAAUAAUGUUUGGUUCCGGAAUAACAAAAAUGGGAAGAGUAAAAAUGCCGCUUAUAACUUGUGGU